UGUUAAAAUAUUGUGUAUAAAAAUAUCAUGUGGAAUUUUUUGCCGUGUUCAGAAAAAGAAAUAAAUUUAAAGCUAAUUUUAUCUGGUGGUCAAUCGUUUCGAUGGAAAACUAAUUCUGAAGCACCAAAUAUUUGGUUUAAUGUUCUUAAUAAAAAAUUAUGGUAUUUAGAACAGAAGGAUGACGGAAUUUACUAUAAAACUGUUAAGUCAACUUGUCUAUCAGAUAAUAAUAAAUGUAUAAAUGAUGACAUCACGGACAAAAAGUUUUUAUAUGAUUAUUUUCAACUUGAUAUAGAUAUAUCUAAACUUUAUGAAGAAUGGCGAAGGGUUGAUAAUAAUAUAAAAGUAUUGUCUGAUUGUAACUUUUAUGGAAUUCGAGUGCUUAAACAAGAUCCUGUUGAAAAUUUGUUUAGUUUUAUAUGUUCUCAAAAUAAUAAUAUCGUUAGAAUAUCACAAUUGGUUGAAAAAUUAUGUGUUUUUUUUGGCGAAAAAAUAGUUUGUGAUAAUAAAGAAGUUUUUUGUUUUCCAACAGUUCAGGCUUUAGCUGUGACUGGAGUUGAAGAUGCUCUACGAAAAUUAGGAUUUGGGUACAGAGCUAAGUUUAUUCAUCAUGCUGCCAAAAGUAUUAUAGAAGAACACGGCAAUGAAAAUUGGUUAUUUGAUUUAAGAAACAAGUCUUAUGAAGAAGCUAUUCAAAAUCUUUGCUCAUUGCCUGGAGUUGGGGCUAAAGUUGCUGAUUGUGUUUGUUUAAUGUCUUUGAACAAGAAAAAUGCCAUCCCUGUAGAUACUCACAUGUGGCAGAUUGCAUCUCAAUACUAUAUGCCACACUUAAAAAGUAACAAAACUCUCACAAGCAAAGUGUAUAAAGAUAUAGGAAAUUUUUUUCGUGAACUUUAUGGUGAAUAUGCUGGAUGGGCUCAUUCUGUUUUAUUUACAACAGAUUUGAAAAAAAAUAAGUUAAUGACCAAGACCAGCCUUUUGAAAUUAAAAUCCAAAAGAAAGUCUGAUAAAGAUAGAAAAACCUCAAAGAAAAAAAAGCUUCAUUAAGCGAUUUUGCAUUUCAUAUUUAGUAAUAGAAUGUUAAUUAAAAUAAAUGAUAAUUUCUUUGCUUUA